UUUGAAUUAUAAGAGGGGAUUUUAUUUUUCAAUGUUGGCGCGCUUGUUUGUCAGUUUUUGGUAGUGCCGUAGUCCGACUUCUCUGCGUUUAACUUCAGUGGUGUCUUUUUGUAUCGCCUUUUCUAUUGUAAGCGAGUAAGUUUUCAAAAAAUGCCUUCCGUUACACUUAAAGAUGUUGAUCAGCAUCAGUUCGUGAAAGCGUUUGCAGCUUUCUUAAAGAAAACUGGUAAGCUGAGGAUACCAGAAUGGGUGGAUCUAGUUAAGACGUCACGAGCGAAGGAAUUGGCUCCAUAUGAUCCCGAUUGGUACUACAUCCGCUGCGCAGCCUUAGUGCGUCACAUUUACAUUCGUUCACCAAUUGGUGUUAAAACGGUAACCAAAAUUUUUGGUAGCCGUAAACGCAAUGGUACAAUGCCCUCCCAUUUCUGUCGAUCCGGCGGUAGUGUCGCACGAAAAGCACUGCAAAGUUUAGAAGCGCUUAAGUUAAUCGAAGUGUCUGCCGACGGUGGACGUAAAUUGACUUCGCAGGGACGACGAGACUUGGAUCGUAUUGCUGCACAAGUGAAAGCUAAGGAGCGUAAAGUUAAGCAAACUGCUGCAAUCCUCAGUUUGUAAACAUUGAAAAUUAAAUAAAAUUUAAGUUUUAAGUCUA